GCGCCCGUGGGCCAGUGUCGAUCGCGGCCGUCGAGCAAGCAAGCAAAAGAGAAAGACAGGAAGAGAACGAGCUAGCGAAAGCGGCUGCUGCUGACGGCUGGACGGACGGACGGCUGGCGGCUGCAGCAUGGAGUGACAUGUCGAUGUCCGCUCAGGGCGUGGUGGAGCGGGCCAGCGCCGAACUCAGCAAGCGCAUCAAUGGGCUCGGCCUGCGCUCGUCGUCGGCGUCGGCGGGGUCUGGUGGGCCCACCGGGGGCCCGCCGCCGGGCACCCACUCGCCCAGCAAGGGCACCAGCGUCAUGGAGCGCGUGACCAACGUCUUCUGCGGCGGCUCGUCCUCGUCGGCGGCCAACGGCUUCAACGGCGGCCACCGCGGCCCCGGCGGCUGCCUCCCGCCGCCACCCGACAAGCCCUCCAGGUUCCUGGCGCUGCGUUCAACGUCAGCGGUUGGUAAAGCACACGCGGCGUUGCGGGCACCGCGACCGCCGCCGCGGACAGUGCCGCCGCCGCAGGUGAAGGCGGCGCCGCGCGUCUGGCACAGUUGGAGCGACCUGAUGAUGGACGAACGUUUCCUCGCCAGGUUCUUCCACAUCUAUUUCGCACCAUCAGACCGAAAAACCCUUCCCCAGGUGUGUUCGGUGUGGCGUGACGUGUUGUACUCUUCACCGCGCUUCUGGACCGGGCUGGCGAUGGUGGCGCGUUGCCGCGAACUACGCGGCGCCACCGUGGAGUCGCGGCGCCGCUUCUAUAAUAGCGUGCACGUUCGUGGCAUGGACACGGUUGUGCUGAGUGGUGCCGCUUCCGACGACGACGCGCUCGAGCUCGUCAGGCAACUGUCGGCGCCGGCCGCACGACGCAUCCACUCGCUCUCGCUCCGGUGCUGCGCCGUCACUGACAGGGGUCUCGAGUCCCUCCUCGCCCACAUGCAGGGUUUGUUCCAACUGUCGCUAUCGGGGUGCAACGAGGUGACCGAGGCCGGGCUUUGGGCGUGCCUAUCGCCGCGGAUCGUGUCGCUGGGCAUCGCCGACUGCAUCAACAUCGCCGACGAAGCGGUCGGCGCCGUCGCCCAGUUGCUGCCGUCGCUUUACGAGUUCUCGCUGCAGGCUUACCACGUGACCGACGCCGCUCUCGGCUACUUCAGCCCCAAGCAGAGUGCCACCCUGUCCAUCCUGCGCCUCCACUCUUGCUGGGAGCUCACCAAUCACGGCGUCGUCAACAUAGUGCACUCGCUGCCUAACCUGACGGUGUUGAGCCUGAGCGGCUGCAGCAAAAUCACGGACGAUGGCGUCGAGUUGGUGGCCGAGAACCUGCCCAAGCUGCGCAGCCUCGAUAUUUCCUGGUGUCCACGCAUUACCGACGCCGCCCUCGAGUACAUCGCCUGUGACCUCACCCAGCUUGAGGAACUCACUCUUGACAGAUGCGUGCACAUAACGGACAUUGGCGUGGGCUACAUCAGCACGAUGCUGUCGCUGAAUGCGCUAUAUCUGCGCUGGUGUUCCCAAGUGCGUGAUUUCGGCCUCCAGCACCUCUGCGGCAUGCGCAACCUGCAGACGCUCUCGCUCGCAGGGUGUCCGCUGCUGACCUCGAGCGGACUGUCCAGUCUGAUCCAGCUGCGGCACUUGCGCGAGCUCGAGCUGACCAACUGUCCAGGCGCGUCGCAAGAGCUGUUCGACUAUCUGCGCGAGCACUUGCCUCGUUGCCUCGUGAUCGAGUGACGUCAAGUACAAUCAACCCACACACACAUUGUGUCAUCCGCAAGAAGGAGUAAAAAUAGUGUCGUUGUGAUAACACAAGAGGAAUAAUAAAAUGUCGUCUCGGUUCUGUCUAGUCUCGUUUUCCCGCGUUCGUUCGAGUGCAGCGCUGCCGGAACUCUGUAAUUAUAAUUCGCAUAUUGUAAUUGACGCGCGCGCGUUUUUCUCACUCACAACACACAGCUUUCGGUACUCUUUGCAUCGUGUACCUGACUGCCUCUCCGUGAAAAGCUCCUCCCACACUUUCUCUAUUCCUUACACUUAUAAUCUCUCAUCUCAGCCGAACAAGACUCGAAGAUUGAAUCAACACUAGGCCCGAAUUUCUGUCCGACUCGAAAGGAGAAAUUCAAUUGAGCAAUAAACAAUCGAGGAGAUUGCAUUGAUUUCCCGUUUUUGCAGCUCAAAACGUGCAACAAGAUAUUAUCAAACUAGCGUAAUUAUAUAUAUUGUACAAUAUAUAUAUUUGUUUUCAGGUUUCAUUUCCCGAUAUAUAAAAUAAUAAAUAUAUAUUUCAAAAUGCAA